CUUCCCUAUCUACAUUUUCAUGUACUGCCCUAAACCUCUGGGCGAGGUAGGAUGACUUCUCUCUUUCGUCUUCUAUACCGCAACUUCUGCGCUACACCCUCUGCAACCACCGUGGUCACGAGGACCUCAGCACAUCUCAAGACCAUUGUUAACGACCUUUUCAAAGAACGUAACUUCGAUUCCCUUGUCAACAAGUUCAAAAAGUCCUCCGAGUCCUACCGGUUUCGCUGCAAGCACCGCGUAUACGAGGUUACAAUUCGUCGCCUUGCCUCGGCUAAGCGAUUCUCAGACAUUGAAGAAAUCCUAGAAGACCAGAAGAAGUAUGAUGACAUCGGGAAGGAAGGCUUCGCAAUACGUCUUAUCUCUCUUUAUGGCAAAUCGGGCAUGUUUGAUAAAGCAUCUCAAACGUUCGACCAAUUGCCCGAACUAAAGUGCCAGCGUACAGUGAAGUCCUUUAAUGCUCUCCUCACGGCUUGCGUCGAUACCAAGAAUUUUGAUAAGGCCGAGCCCCUUUUCCGCGAGCUCCCUUCCAGUUUGUCCAUUAAACCGGAUGUUUACUCCUACAAUAUCAUGAUUCGAGCUUACUGUGAGAUGGGUUCACUUGAUUCCGCACUUGCGUUUCUAGAUGAGAUGGAGAAGAAUGGCGUGACCCCUAACUUGGUCACCUUUAAUACGCUUCUGAAUGCGUUUUAUGAGAAUAAUAGAUUCUCUGAUGGCGAGAGGAUUUGGGUUAGAAUGGAGAACAUCAAUUGCGUUCCUGAUAUUAGAAGUUUCAAUGCGAAGCUGCGCGGCCUUGUUCUUGGGAGCGAGACAUCAGAGGUGGUUAAGUUAGUUAAAGAAUUAGAGACAAAGGGACCAAAACCUGAUAUACAUAGUUUCAACUCUUUGAUUAAAGGACAUUGCAAUGAUGGGGAUUUAGAGGCAGCCAAAAUGAUUUAUAGUGAAUUAGAUGAAAAUGAUCUCAUGCCAAAUCUAUCGACCUUUCAGACACUUGUCCCUUGCCUUUGUGAGAAGGGGGAUUUCGAUCUCGCUCUUAAGCUCUGCAAGGAAAGUUUGAACCGUCGAUGCUUUCUGGAUGUCGGGUUGUUGCAAACUGUGGUGGAUGGCUUAGUCAAGGAGUCGAAGUUUGAUGGAGCAAAGGAGCUUGUGGAGCUUGGGAAGGAAAGAUGUUACGGAAAAUCUAGCUUGAAAUUGCCUUCUGAUGGGUAAUGAAUCCGCAAUUCACCCCAUGUUCAAUGUGUAAGUUAGGUUCGCCAUCAUGGGUUUAAUUAAUGUCUCUCAAAUCUGAUGAUAUAACCGGGUUUAUUGCUUCAUGCAUUUACUUAUAGUUGUCAUUACAAAGUGUCUUUCAUUUGAAAUUUCUGUCCUUUUGGGCUUGGUAUUGACUUGAUCCAAUCACAGAUUGUGUUCCCCUUUUCCUUUUUGUUACUUUGAAAAGCAAAAGAAGGGUACGCGUUUGUGUUAUU